AUGGCAGCUGCCAUUGUCCCGACUCUUCUUCCUCCCCGUGCAGAAAUCCCUAAUCUGCUCACCAAAAUACGCACCGAUCUUAUAUCGUCUUCUGCAGGGCGUCUAGCACCAUCGCCACCAAUGCCAGGAACGGCGGCUUGCGUGAUCCAGGCUAAGGAGACGCACCAAGCCUAUUUGUCGAUCAGAUUGGCCGUGCAGCCCACCACGCCGCCUCGCGGCGCUCGCGACCGCCAUCGUUUCUCCCCUUCUUGGCCUCGUCUGGGUCUCAUUGGCGUCCUUGUGGGGUCCUUUUGA